AUGGCAGUGGCAUUUCAAGACAGUCACUGGACUGAUUCUAAAGCCAUCCUGUUGCCUGAUCCUUCUGCCUGGGGAGAGCAAGACUGGAAGAAGAGUUUGACUUCAAAGAACAGAGAAGAUAUGGAGACCAGGAAGAAUUGGACUCAGACACAUAAGACAAAAGGUUUAUCUUCUAAGAAUACUGACUGGCCUCAAGAGAGGAAGAGGAAACCCAAAAUACUGGAACCAGUUACAUUUGAGGAUGUCACCGUGGUCUUCACGGAGGCAGAAUGGAAGAGACUGAGCUCUGAGCAGAAGAACCUCUACAGAGAAGUGAUGCUGGAGAUCUACAGGAAUCUGCUCUCGUUGGCAGAACCAAAGCCAGAAACUUACCACUGUUUCUCCUGCCUUCUGGCUUUCUCGUGUCAGCAAUUCCUAAGCCAACAUGUGCUUCAGAUCUUCCCAAGCUUGUGUGCAGAGCAUCUCUUCCAUCCAAGGGGUGCCAGCCCAGGACAUCAGAAGCAGACACAGCUGCAGGAUUCUGAUCAGAGCUGCUGGUGUGAAAACACAGAUGGUCAGAAGAGAGAAAAUGUCUGCAAACCUGUGUGUGGAAGGACAGGGGAGAAAAAGACUUCAAGGACAUUUUCCAGCCCACCCCAAAGACAGCCAGCAGGCUCUCGAAAAGGCCACACAGGGGUAGGAACAGAGCCUAGCUCUGCCCAAAAGCUGUCAUCUGUGACAACAGAUAAAAGGUUGAAGGAAUUAGGAACGUCAAGAUUUGGAGCAGUUACCUAUAGAAAGGGUGGAGCAGACCAUAGCCUGAAGUCAAACUUCACAAACCAGAAGACGCACUCAGGAGAGAAGCCUUAUGUGUGCUUGGACUGUGGCCGAGGCUUUACCCAGAAGUCCGGCCUUCUUAACCACCAGAGGACACAUUCAGGAGAGAAGCCACAUGUGUGCAAGGAAUGUGGGCGAGGCUUUACCCAGAAAUCAGUCCUCUUUAUGCACCAGAGGACACAUUCAGGGGAGAAGCCACAUGUGUGCAAGGAAUGUGGACGAGGCUUUACCCAGAAUUCAUCUCUCAUCAGACACCAGAGGACACAUUCAGGGGAGAAACCACAUGUGUGCAAGGAGUGUGGGCGAGGAUUUAGUCAUAGGUCACAUCUCAUCACACACCAGAGGACACACUCAGAUAAGAAGCCCUAUGUUUGCAGUGACUGUGGGCGAGGGUUUACCCAGAAGUCAGGUCUCCUUAACCACCAGAGGACACACUCAGGGGAGAAGCCAUAUGUGUGCAAUGAAUGUGGCCGAGGCUUUACACAGAAGUCACAUCUCAUCAUACACCAAAGUACACACUCACAUGAGAAGCCACAUGUAUGUAAGGAAUGUGGGCGAGGCUUUAGCCACAAAUCAACUCUCAUCAUACACCAGAGGAUACACUCCGGUGAGAAGCCGUAUGUUUGCAAUGAGUGUGAUCGAGGAUUUACCCAGAAAUCAGUCCUCCUCAUGCAUCAGAGCACACACUCCGGGGAGAAGUUGUAUGUUUGCAAUAAAUGUGGGAGAGGCUUUAAGUGGAAGUCAGGCUUUCUUUACCACCAGAGGACACACUCAGGGGAGAAACCCUACAUUUGUAGUGAGUGUGGGAGAGGCUUUACCCAGAAGUCAGGCCUGCUUAUGCACCAGAGGACACACUCAGGGGAGAAGCCACAUGUGUGCCUGGAAUGUGGGAGAGGCUUUACCCAGAAGUCAGGCCUGCUUAUGCACCAAAGGACACACUCAGGGGAGAAGCCACAUGUGUGCAAGCACUGCAGGCGUGGCUUCAGCUCUAAGCAAAGCCUACUCAGACAUCAGCAGGCCCACUCGGGAGAAGCCCUAUGUCUGCAGUGA